GAACACUGUGUAUCCGCGCUUCCUUUCGCGUAACCAUUGUUUGGCUUCGCUGUACCGUCGAUGUAGGCAAGUCAUCGUUUUUGCAUUUUCGCGCUCAGACCGUACACUAAUUGGUACUGCUGAGCACAAUAACUCACGUGGUCUGCCUCAAAGACCCAUCAAGCCAAGUGACAUGUCGGUCGCCUUCGCACAACAACAGAAAGGGCGACAUAACCCAAGUCCAGCUCAGAUACAAAAGAUGCUGGAUGAAAAUAGCCAGUUAAUACAAGCCAUUGUCGACUAUCAAAACAAAGGGAAAGCUUCGGAAUGUCUGCAGUAUCAGCAAAUUUUGCACAGGAAUCUAGUCUACUUGGCAUCAGUGGCAGACGCUGGUCCUGUGGUGCAGGCAUCUAUUCCGCCACCAUGUGGACCGGGAGGUCCUGAUCAAGGAGGCAGCCCUGCACCAGGUGGUCUCAUGCCUGGCCAACAGUCAUAUGGCCCGUCUAUGCAGUCACAGCAGCAAACAGCUCCAGGCGGGCCUGGAGCUGGCCAGCAGUCACCCAUGGGGGGCCAUGGAAUGUCGGGCUAUGGGCGAUCUGGACCCCCACCGCCAUCCUCCGCUAUGGUCAGUCAGCAGCAGCCUAUGCCAGCACAGCAGCCGCACCACCAAUCGCCAAUGCAGCACCAGCCAUCUUCACAGCAGCACCCUGCAAUGAACCAGCAUGGUCAACAGCCACACAUGGGUCAACAGCCAGGUGGUCAGCACAUUCCGCAGCCACCCUCGCACCCAUCAGCCAUGCAGCCUGGCAUGGGCUCAGCACACCAGCCCAGCCAAGGCCACCAGAUGCCUCAGCAUGCCGCCAGUCCACAGGGACCUGUUCAGCAGCAGAUGCAGGCUGCACAGCAGCAUCCAUCACAACACGGGCAACACCAGGGUCAGCAUCCUGGCCAGCAGCAUCCUGGUCAGCACCCCGGUCAGCAUCCUGGCCAGCAGCAUCCUGGUCAGCACCCUGGUCAGCAUCCUGGCCAACAUCCCAGCCAGCAGCAUCCUGGCCAGCACCCUGUCCAGCAUCCAGUUCAGCACCCAAGUCAGCAUCCUGUCCAGCAUCCUGGGCAACACCCCAGCCAACACCCAGGACAGCACCCUGGUCCACAUCCCAGCCAACACCCUGGUCAGCAACAGCCACAUCCUGGCCAGCCACACCCAGGACAGCACCCAAGCCAGCCACACGCCUCUCAGGCCCAAAGCCAGCACCUCGGCCAGCACCCAUCGCAACACCCUGUACCCCACCCUGCGCCACACCCGGCGCAACACCCGGCGCAGCAUUCCAACCAGGCACAGCAGCAGCAGCAGCCACCCCAGCAGCAGCAGCAUUCCUCGCCACCUCCGGUGUCCUCACCACCAAGUGGCCCAGGCACACCACAACAGCAGGGGCCCUCGCCUCCUUCCCAGCAGCAUCACCCGCCAUAUGGCAGCCAGGGUUCACUGAAUCCACCAAAUCGAUCCAGUCCAACGCCUAACCAAAGCCCUGCUCCACCGUCAACUCUCUCUACUCAGAACUAUGCGCAGCAUGCAGCGCAUGGACAACAGGGUGCUGCCAUGGGAUCGCAGCAGCAUCAGCCUAGUGGAGGGCCUGCCAGCAGCCCAUACGGAGGCUACUCACCACAGGUUGGCCCUUCCCAGACACCACCGCAGCAGCGGCCACCUUCACAACCUUCCCCUGCCAGCACCCCGCACCCGAGCAGCCCGUAUCCAGGCCACAAGAUGGCUGCCCAGAGUGGCUAUCCUGCGGCUCCCUACCAGGCAGCUGGGUCACCUGGCUUUCCAGGAGCCCCACCUGCAGGAGCAGCAGGUGCUGCACCCCCUGCAGCUGCCUACCCAGCUACAACGUCAGCUUCUGCUGGCUAUGCACAAUAUAGCCAAGGCUACCCACAAGGCUAUGGCGUGGCUUACGGCUAUGGGCCAAGUGGAGGCUACCCACAGGGAGGUGCUUACAUCGGUGCCUACCCACAGGGUGGCACAGCAGCGCCGCUGCGCUACCCUGCAGGGUACCCUGGCUAUGGUCACUACCGGGCUCCUCAGCCAGCUGGUCAACAGGCUGCUGCUUAUGGUGCCUAUGAGCAGCAGGGUUAUCCUCCUGGUGCCUACUCUCAGGCUCAGUGAGCUUGCAAAAGGAGCCAUAGUGACAUCAAAAGAUGGGAAAACCCUCCCUACCCAUUGGAAUUCUGAGCUCCAUUGAGCAGUGGAAGAAACCCCAGUGCUCAUUCCAAGAAUUCCCAUCAGAUGGGCUGCCACAGACAUUUCUGUCUGUGGAUGUAACUCCCAGCAAACGUGUAGUUUUUUUUUUUUUAAUCAUUUCUUUUUUUCUAUCUUCCAUUGAACGUCAAGUUUCUUUACAUAGCUCAUCUGAGUUCGCUGUGUAUAGUAUUUUGUUUUACCUGGCUGUUGCAUUGUGGCCGUCCAUGCACAAUCUCUGUCCUGACUGAGUGUGUGACGCAUAUGGAGUGACACACACAGGACUAGAAUUCAGCUAAAGAGAGUUCGUGUCCAUCCUUCAACGUGUGAAGAUGGCAGCUUAGGUAUCGUGUAAUGUAAAGAAAAUUAUUUGUGCUAAAUGUUGGUGCAUGUAUGACAGGUUGUAGCUUUUCCACACAACUUGCAGUCACGCAUCACUUAUUACGUAUGUUGACAGGCAUGCUUUUGAGCUUAGUGCUCCAACGUAAAUGGACUUUAGUUUUUAUAAUUUCUCAUAUACAUGGACUAUUUAUCUCGCAGAUAGAGACCCCUUUUUUUAUGAGCGUUUACAUUUCUGAAAAGUGGACGUUUUGAGGCUAUUGCAAAAUACUUGUGAUUUUUUUUUUCUUUGCAUGAAUUGUGUGAUUGAUUACAUCAUUUCAGAUGUGCAUGUAAUAUACUUGCAUAUGGGUGCCUGAAGGAAGGCUUUUAUUAUUUUUACCCUGGAAUGUUGAAGCAGUGCUGAGCUUAACAUUGCUUGUCCUGUAUUGUGUUACAUAGUGGUAAGCGCAGUUUGGUUACAUAGUGGUAAGCGCAGUUUGGGCCAUCUGUGUUAUGUAGGAGUGUGCGAAUAGUAAUGUUUGAGACAGAGUUGAAUACUUUUCAAAUGAGCAGCCAUUUUCAUAUUUGAAUUAAAUGAUGUCCUCAUCCUAGUAUUUAUAAUGUUAAGUUUCUCAUUAAACUACUAGUUAUCAGCCAUUACUUAUUUUAAAAAACACAAAUGCAGCAUUAGGAACAAUCAAACAGUUCGUUCGCAGACACAGGACUCUUCGAAGAGUGAAUAAUCGCUGUAAAGCCGGUCAAAUCUGCCACCCUGAAUAAUGUAACCUGCUUCAUGAUGUAAGUUCCCAAGUUUUAUGCCUAUACUAUCUUAAGAAGCUGCAUGGAGAUUGUAUGAGCAGUUCCUCCAUUUUAUUCAAUUCCUUCUUCCUCCUCUUUUCUUCGUUCCCCAGUUGGCCUUCGCUCAUUGUUUUCUCGAUCCUUUACAACUAUGUACAGUAUAGACCACUUAUAACGUAACCGCUUAUAGUGCAGGACCGGAUAUAGUGCGGUCUUUUCAGACUCCCGUUAAUUUUCCCAUAGCACUCCAUGUAUACACGUAUCGCUUAUAGUGCAGUUGCGGGAAACGAAAUACCGGUUACAGUGUGACUGCCUGGGAGUACGGAAGUCAGCGGAGACGGCGAACGCUCCCCUCAAACGGGCGCCCCAAGGAGUGCUCGAGGAAGAAAGAGAGACGAAGUGGAGGAGAAGGGCACGUGGUGCGAACGAACAGCCAGUGAGGCUGAAACCAGAAUCUUGAGUGCGAGUCGUGAAAUAUCACGGCGCACAUAACGAGCGAGGGCCACGACUCUGCCAACGCCGGCCAACGCUCGCUUCGCGAUAACGGCAGUAAACGAAACUUCAGGGAGCGCGCAGCGCCAGCACGGCACGGCGAAGGGCGCACGCGGAGACCGUGGAUUGUGAGGGAGGCAGGGAAGCGGAUUUCGCCUCGGCAACUCCGCCACUUCGGUGGCUCCCCUCUCCCUCCCUCAUAGCUCCCUCACUUUCGACUGUCACCGUGUGCCCCCCCUCCCCCGCCGUGCAGGCGCUGCCGCUCCAGCCGGCCCGGCGCCAGCUCCCCGAGAAGUUUCGUUUUCUGCCGUUAUCGGUAGCGGGCAUUUGCCGGCGUGGGCAGUUUCGUUGGCCAGCCUGGGACAGCGCCGUAGCCGCAGCAUGCAAGGUCAACGGGUGGCUAGAAAGUAGAGGAAGCAUAAAAAUAAAGGAGAAAGAAGGGUUCACUGCCAUUUUCUACACGUGGCUGAGAUGUCAGCACGUACACGCAUCUUCCGGCGCAACGCAGAAUCGGCGACCUUGCCAUUUGAGAGAGGGUGAAAU